GGCCCCCCUCUCUCGGCCCGGCCAUCUUGUGGGAAGAGCUGAAGCAGGCGCAUUUUGGCUCGGCGCGGCCCGCUGCAAUCCGUGGAGGAACGCGCCGCCGAGCCACCAUCAUGCCUGGGCACUUACAGGAAGGCUUCGGCUGCGUGGUCACCAACCGAUUCGACCAGUUAUUUGACGACGAGUCGGAUCCCUUCGAGGUGUUAAAGGCGGCAGAGAACAAGAAAAAAGAAGCCGGUGGGGGCGGCGUUGGGGGCCCGGGGGCCAAGAGCGCAGCUCAGGCCGCAGCCCAGACCAACUCCAACGCGGCAGGCAAACAGCUGCGUAAAGAGUCCCAGAAAGACCGUAAGAACCCACUGCCCCCCAAUGCUAGCGUGGCUGACAAGAAAGAGGAGACGCAGCCGCCCGUGGCGCUUAAGAAAGAAGGAAUAAGACGUGUUGGAAGAAGACCGGAUCAGCAACUUCAGGGUGAAGGGAAAAUAAUUGAUAGACGACCAGAAAGGCGGCCACCUCGGGAAAGGCGAUUUGAAAAACCACUUGAAGAAAAGGGUGAAGGUGGAGAGUUUUCAGUUGAUAGACCAAUUAUUGACCGGCCUAUUCGAGGUCGUGGUGGUCUUGGAAGAGGUCGAGGAGGCCGUGGACGUGGAAUGGGACGAGGAGAUGGAUUUGAUUCCCGUGGCAAACGUGAAUUUGAUAGGCAUAGUGGGAGUGAUAGAUCUGGCCUGAAACAUGAAGACAAGCGUGGAGGUAGCGGAUCUCACAACUGGGGAACUGUCAAAGAUGAAUUAACUGACUUGGAUCAAUCAAAUGUGACUGAGGAAACACCUGAAGGUGAAGAACAUCCAGUGGCCGACACUGAAAAUAAGGAGAAUGAAGUUGAAGAGGUAAAGGAAGAGGGUCCAAAAGAGAUGACAUUGGAUGAAUGGAAGGCUAUUCAAAAUAAAGACCGGGCAAAAGUAGAAUUUAAUAUCCGAAAACCAAAUGAAGGUGCUGAUGGACAGUGGAAGAAGGGAUUUGUUCUUCAUAAGUCAAAGAGUGAAGAGGCUCAUGCUGAAGAUUCGGUUAUGGACCAUCAUUUCCGGAAGCCAGCAAAUGAUAUAACGUCUCAGCUGGAGAUUAAUUUUGGAGACCUUGGCCACCCAGGACAUGGUGGCAGGGGAGGAAGAGGUGGACGUGGGCGUGGUGGGCGUCCCAAUCGUGGCAGCAGGACUGACAAGUCAAGUGCUUCUGCUCCUGAUGUAGAUGACCCAGAGGCAUUUCCAGCUCUGGCUUAACUGGAUAUGCCAUAAGACAACCCUGGUUCCAUCGUGGACCCUCCUCUCUGAGGCUUUGCAUGCUUAAGGAUCCCAAACGACGAAGAAAUUUAAAAAAAAAAAAAAGAAAAAGACUGUCAUUCAUACCAUUCACACCUAAAGACUGAAUUUUAUCUGUUUUGAAAAAUGAACUUCUCUCGCUACACAGAAGUAACAAAUAUGGUAGUCAGUUUUGUAUUUAGAAAUGUAUUGGUAGCAGGGAUGUUUUCAUAAUUUUCAGAGAUUAUGCAUUCUUCAUGAAUACUUUUGUAUUGCUGCUUGCAAAUAUGCAUUUCCAAACUUGAAAUAUAGGUGUGAACAGUGUGUACCAGUUUAAAGCUUUCACUUCAUUUGUGUUUUUUAAUUAAGGAUUUAGAUGUUCCCCCCAAUUACAAAGUGGUUUUAAAUAUUGGACAUAGUAUUGGUUUUAAUACCUGCUUUGCAUUUUCACACAUGGUCAGCUGGGACAUGUAAACUUGAUUUGUCAAAUUUUUAUGCUGUGUGGAAUACUAACUACUUUAUGUAUUUUAACUUAGUUUUAAUAUUUUCAUUUGGGGGGGAAAUAUUUUCAAUUCUCAUGGUAGCUGUUAUAUAUGCUAAAUCUUUAUAUACAAAAAUAUCAGUACUUGAACAAAUUCAAAGCACAUUGGUUUAUUAACCCUUGCUCCUGCAGUUAUGCAUGGUUCAUUAGGUUCAAAGUAUACUUGAUUCACAAUUUCAACUAUAUGACUUGCCCAUUUUAAAAACCAAACUAGACACAUUACUGGUGAAAGUUGUGUAAGCUUAAUUGUUGAAAGACAAAUCCUGUCAAGUGAAGUAAUUACAUGGUUGUGGGGUGUUUUUUUUCCCCUUCCAUCAGUGUAGGUGGAAUAGGUUGAUAUGGCUAAUGCAUACUAUGUAAACUAUUCCUGUAAAAUAA